AUGGCACAGAAACAGCCACAGACGCAUCACAAAACAUACCCCUUCUGGCUCGGUGGCGUAGCUGCGAGCAUUGCCGUAUGUUUUACACACCCACUUGAUCUCGCAAAAGUUCGCCUCAUCAACUCGCCAGAAAAAAUGUCAACUUGGCGUGUUGUGAGCACGACGUUACGGAACGAGGGUGUGCGUGGCCUGUACAUCGGUAUAUCUGCUAGUAUCUUGCGACAGAUGACAUACAGUCUCAUGCGCUUCGCAGCGUACGAGGAACUUAAAACCUUCAUUGCUCAUCGUAACGACCCAACGCAGCCGAUCUCUAUGUGGACAAAAAUUGGUGUGGCAGGUCUGGCAGGUGUAGCAGGCGGCAUUGCAGGCAAUCCAGCGGACAUCAUCUUGGUGCGCAUGACCAGUGACAUGUUCCGCGACCCAGCGCAACGUUUCCAAUACAAAGGUGCUAUCAAUGGACUUGUGCGUGCCGUCAAAGAAGAGGGUGCGCAUGUACUCUUCCGUGGUAUAACACCUAAUAUGGUGCGUGCCAUGUUGAUGAAUUCAAGUCAGCUUGCAUCAUACGACUUUUUCAAAGAGACGCUGCAAGGAACCGGCCUCUUCACUCCGGGCUCGCUUGUUCAUUAUCUCACAUCGUCCUUGUUGGCAGGCACUGUCGCUACCACCAUUACGUCGCCGGCCGAUGUGAUUCGAAGCCGUCUGAUGAAUGCGCGUGGAAAUGACAGUGGCAUUCCCCAGCUCCUUCACGCUAUGCGAACCGAGGGGCCCACGUUCAUGCUCCGUGGUUGGUUGCCCUCGUGGAUCCGUUUGGCGCCCAAUACCGUCAUUCUUUUGACCGUCUUGGAAAAACUGCGCGAAACUGUCGAUUUCGUUCGUGGAACAUGA